AUGAUGCUCGCAACCAACUCCCUUCGACGAAUUGGUCAACGCUGUUCCUAUUCUAAUCAGUCACAAAUGUUGCACCGCACUGCAAAGGCUGCUGCGGGACAACCAAACAAGAUUCCGCGCUGGUUGUCCACGACCUCUCCGGAUGAUGACGAUGACGAUGAAGCUCCGGUACCCGAGCCUGUUGUGGAUAUUCUUCCUCCAGCACCUAAGGCUCUCUCUAAAUCUAUGUCUGAAUCCAUUGACGAGUUGGAAAAGAGUAUGAAACCCUCAAAGAUUGUGGAGCAAUUGGAUCGUCAUAUUGUCGGUCAAUCGGAUGCCAAGAAGGCUGUCGCCAUUGCCAUGAGAAACCGUUGGCGUCGCCGGCAAUUGCCUGAAGAAUUGCGCAAGGAAGUUACUCCAAGAAAUGUCUUGCUGGUGGGACCUACCGGAUGCGGAAAGACUGAAGUUGCCCGACGCAUGGCCAUGUUGAACGAUGCCCCUUUCCUCAAGGUAGAGGCCACCAAAUUCACUGAAGUCGGAUACCAUGGCAGAGAUGUCGACCAAAUAAUCCGCGAUUUGAUGGAUGUUUCCAUGCAACUUGCUAAGAAGAAGUACACAGAACAGUUCAAGGACGAGGCGGAAUCACUUGCAGAGGAACGCAUCUUGGACAUUUUGGCAGGCCCCGAAACCGAAUCUUCAGCUAGAGGCCGAGAUUCCUUCCGAGAUAUGCUGCAACAGGGACUGCUGGAUGAUCAAGAGAUUGAAAUUGAUGUACCCACCAAGCAAAACCAAAAUGAGAUUGACAACAACAAUCCUCAAAUUGUGGCCAUGAGCGAUCUGAUGCAAAGAUUGACCAAUGGAAACAAGAAGACACCCACCGAACGAAAAAAGUUGCCUAUAUCGGAAGCCAAGUCGGUCAUUGUGGAAACUGAAAUUGAUCGAUUGUUGGAAAAUGUGGACCUGCGCAAGGCGGCAGUCACAGCGGUCGAAGAAAGUGGAAUUGUGUUUAUUGAUGAAAUUGAUAAGAUUUGCUCGCCGCGGGAAGGGUUUGCCAGUCGAUCGGCAGAUGCCAGUGCGGAAGGAGUCCAAAGAGAUUUGUUGCCACUGGUGGAAGGAACCACUAUCAACACGAAGCACGGAAAUGUGAACACUGAUUAUAUUCUGUUCAUUGCCAGUGGUGCCUUUCAUGCGGUCAAGGUCAGCGAUAUUCUUCCUGAAUUGCAAGGGCGUCUCCCUAUUCGUGUGGAACUUGCAGGGCUGACUGAAGAUGACCUUUACAAGAUUCUGACCGAACCAGUUGCCAAUCUGCUUCGUCAACAAAGGGAACUUAUUGGGGCUGAGGGUGUCGAGCUUGAGUUUGAAGAUGAAGCAAUUCGAGAAAUUGCUCGCAUGGCGGCCCAACUGAACAAAUCUGUCGAAAACAUUGGUGCUCGUCGGCUUCAUACAGUUUUGGAACGUAUCAUGGAGACAAUUAGUUUCGAAGCUUCCGAAAUGGAGGAAGGGUCCAAGGUAGUUGUCAACAAGGCGCUAGUCGAGGAGCGUUUGAAGGAGGUUACAAUGAAGGCUGAUGUUUCUAGAUACAUUUUGUAG